AAGAUAGUCCAAUAAUCAAUUUUCAUUCCAGCAGCUUAUGUUUUAGAAAAUAAUUAAGAUAUUUUUACGAAUCUAGGCAGUGUUUUUAUUAAAAAGGAAAUGGUAUCCAUCUGAUUUUUCACAAUGGUGUCCUUGAAUUUUUUUUUAUUUUUUUUUUAAUAUUAUAUUUUAAUAUUUAAUUUUAAUAAAGUUUAGUUAAAUGCAAAAGUGCAUAAUUUGUUAAAUAAUUUAUAAAUAUAGAACCUAAAGAUGGAUUGGAUUAUUUCUGAUGAGUUGGGGUUGACCGUCGGGCACAUAGUAGGAUGGGGAGCAGCUGGAGCCAUGAUUAUCGGUGGCGUAGCACCAUACAUUCCACAGUAUCGUCAAAUCAAAAGGACACAGGAUGCUGAAGGGUUUUCCCUUUAUGUUUGCUUAACUCUUCUAAUAGCUAACACACUUCGUAUAUUAUUCUGGUUUGGCAAACGUUAUGAGUUGCCGCUCCUGAUUCAAAGUAUUGUCAUGAACAUUACUAUGUUUGUAAUGAUCCACAUUUGUGUCACUGUUCGCAAAAAGAGCCAAAUCAUAAGAGCAAGGGAGCGAAUAUUUACAGGUGCAAUAUUCAUGUUAUAUAUCCUAUUGUGUUGUGUGAACGGCUCAGACCAGCCAGAUGAAACUGCACGCUGGCUGGAGCAACACAGCGGACCACCCAGCGGGGAAAAGCCCCAUCGGUUUUAUGAUAUGGAUAGGAAAUAUUUCUGGGCAUGGACAGAUUUCCAAAGCUACGUGGACUGCAUGCUCGUGUUUUCCGUGAUCGGGGCCGCCGUCACGUACCUGCUGAUCGAGUUUGGGCCCUUCGUGGAACUUAUUGGGUUCAUGGCCGUGUUCACGGAGGCCAUGCUCGGGGCGCCGCAGAUCGCCAAGAACCAUCAGAACAAGAGCACUGAGGGGAUGAGCCUGAGCAUGGUGAUAAUGUGGACCUGCGGCGACGUAUUCAAGACUGCUUACUUUGUAAUGAGGGAGGCGCCCUCGCAAUUCUGGGUGUGCGGCUCACUGCAAGUUGCGUUAGACGUCGUCAUACUCUUCCAAUACUUUGUUUUCCAGGUGUGGGUAUACCGGCGCGACACGGCGGCGGCGCGGCGCGCGCGGCGCGGCGACUAGCAGUGGACCGAGACCGCCUUAUAGCGCCGCAACCAGAGCGCACGCUACCCGUACCCGCGCUACCGCCUCCUAGAAACAGUCUUAUGAUAACUACACAGAUUUAAAUAAUUGUGUUUUUUUAUGUGAUGUGACGCAUCGAAAAUGAAGUGAAUUUGGAAGAAAAUAAACAGCUGAAUAUGAAAUAUGCUGUCAACGGUUUUGGAACGAAUGUAGCAACUUUUAGUAAGUAAAUACGACAUCUCUUAUAUUUUAAAGUCAGAUAACACUGUGGAGAAAAUGGUUUUCACUUCACAAACCCUGAAAUUAGUCACGUAUUCGCUUAAUGAGGUGACUCCAGGCUGUGCGUUAUAUACUUAUACUCGACAAUUCCAAGAGACGUCAUUGCAUAGAACACGCCGACGCGUGAACGCGUUUUUGAUGCGGCGUCAAUAUUUCCCAUCGUACGGAGCGCGUUUACAAAUGGUUGCGCGAUUUCCAUACAACGACGAACGGUUUUUAAAGCCUUGAUCGUGCAACACCGAUAAUACAGCAUCGUUUAUAGUAUACAUAGUUAUUAAUUACGUCUUGCUCCGCGUGUAUACAUGCUGGCAUGCGAGUGGCGAGCCUAAUUACGAAGUCAAUGAAGAGUACGGCAUUUCCUCUUCGUUUAUACCUACACUCUACCUAUACUAGCAUUUGCUAUAGGUAUUGUACCUACUUACGCCUCGUCAUUCGUCUCGCCAAUCGAACGAGUGUGUAAACGCGGUAUUAGAAUAACAAAUGACAAAAUGUGCCAAUAUUUUAUUUUUUAUUACAAUUGACUUCACAAUUUUCGAAAUAGGCGACUUUUAUCGAAUGUCGAAGGUGCUAUAGGCUCGUGCCUCCUUAGUGACGUGAUCAAUGAGGAUAUGAUGGAAGCUGAAUGCAGUUAAUAACUUAAAGCUCGAAGUAGAUGGCGCCUUUGAUUCAGUGUUUUAUUGACUGAUGGUAACCAGGGUUUCAACAAAAAAAAAACGUAAAUUUGCACCACUUCGCGUCUCCGUUCUUAAAAAAAGCGGCAGAAUGGACAGAGUCCGUCGAAGCUUUGCACUACUUGAACAGAAGAAAUUCAGGGAGUGUCAUUAUUAACGACAUAUUUUCAUAGAAAUUUUGAUGACAACAUCACACUUUGUCAUUCAUGAUGACAAUACCACACUUUGUCAUUGCAAAUGCCAUGCAAAGUUAGCUCAGUCCGACACUAAACCAUUUACCAACCUGUCAUCCAGUCAAUGAAAACCUUUCCCCCUCAGCGCCCUCUGUAAUCACCAAUGGGCAUGUCAGUGUCACUAUUGCCACUGGUAAAGAGGUACGAAAAAGAAAGAAGAUAGAGGUAUAAUACAGUGGUAGGAGACCAAAUUAGAAAAUUGUUUGUUGCUUCCGUUAUUAUAAGGGUGCAAUAUACUAGUCGUACGUUCCUUUAGGCGGCUUUUCCACCAAGCUAAGCUACUUUUACAUACAAGUUACCCAUAGGUUCGAAAUUUAGCUAGAUGGAUUUGUACCAAAACGUAGCGCAGGUUAGCUCUGGUGGCAAACGAACCUUAUUUUCAAGGACGAUAUUGUAUGCUUACUAUUAGCUAUUAUUGCCUAUUAUACAUAAUUACGUAACUAAGUAUGUUUAUUUGUACAUAAAUAAAAUGGUAGUGAUGUGUUAAUUAGAUAGAUAUUAGUUUGAAUUUAUUAAAAAUAGACCACAUAAAAAAGGCAAUUUAUUGCAACGUUGCGUGGUUUUCCAUCAUACAAGAUGCCGCACUAUAAUUCUAUUUAUACUUUGUAGCGGUAUAAAAUCAACUUAGAAAGCUGUGUUAUAAUUUUACCAAAGCAUUUAUUUAAGCCCGUCAAAUCAGUUACCGACAUGAUUUUGCUGUCUGAUUUUAAUAAUUGUAAUUUAUGUACCAGAGCGUAGUAUGGUUAGGUACGUAAGUAUUAUUUGUGAUAUGUACAAUACGCGCAUAGGUAAGCAAUCACCUAUACGUACAAAUGAACUCGUGUUCAAAAGUAUUUUUAUUCGAGUAAUAUUUGGAGCACAUUUUAUUACACUGAUGGAUCCCGAUAUAUAAUGCCUAUCUAGGGCCUGUUUAAAAACAAUCGGCCAAGUGCGAGUCGGACUCGCGCACUGAGGGUUCCGUACUUUUUAGUAUUUGUUGUUAUAGCGGCAACAGAAAUACAUCAUCUGUAAAAAUUUCAACUGUCUAGCUAUCACGGUUUAUGAGAUACAGCCUGGUGACAGACAGACGGACAGCGGAGUCUUAGUAAUAGGGUCCCGUUUUUACCCUUUGGGUACGGAACCCUAAAAAAGCUACGAGUUGCAAUGGGGUUGGCCGGUUGAUGUAUUUCACAGAUGGCGCCAGCAUAGGUUUUACCCAUCAAUUCUGCUAAUAGUGUCAUAUUCUUGUUUGUUUUUGCUAUUUUAUAUUCUAUAUAUAGUGCUGGCUCUUUAAGUCAAAUGCCAUAGACAGGUAAAACCUAUGCUGGCGCUAUCUAUAAUGGCUCCUUUACACGAUGGCCCAGCGCUGGACCAGCGAGAUGGCCAUGCGAUGGUUGAGAGCACGCACUAUGGAGUAGGCCACGUGUAGAUGCGUACGCACCAUCGCUGGCCCACUACCUUUGAUGUGCGGACGAAAAACCGACACCGUGGCCAUCCCAUCGCCAUCCCGCCGCGCCAUAAGCCAUCCGACACCACAACACCACAACCCUCUCUACACGAUGGCCCAUCUAAGUGGGCCAGUAUGUAAACCAUUGACAGUUGCCAACCCCAUUUAGAUCAAUAAAAGACCACUGCUGCUAGUUCAGACUUCUCGUUUAUCGAUUGUCAGUUCAAACUUGUAGCUAUACUUAGUCAGGUCAUAAGUUUUUUCACAAAGGUUUUAACUGAUAAAAUUGAAUUACGAAGCCUUUAAUAAAAAAAGUUAGCGAUCUAUGAUUUGAAAGCUUGUUUUAUACUGAUCAAAACGUCAGAUAAUUCGUUUAAAAGGGUCUAGCAGGCUAAGCGAACAAGAAGUGCCCCCAACGACGCAUUUGGUCAUUCUUUCAGGUGGUGUACUGGCAGGAACUAAGAACACUCUACGCUUAAUAUCAGUCCUCGAUCUGCUUUUGUUUUCGAGUUUCGAGUUAUUCAGGAUAAUGUAAAAUAAUCAGCGUAUCAUUGAGUGUCAUAUUUUGUAAACUGUUCAAGUUAGAUGAACCAAACAAAAUUAUAUUUGACUAUAAUAAAAUAGACGACAAAAUGCAUAUUUUUAACUUGCAUCAUAUCCUUAUACUUCAUUAUAAAAAAAUAAAUAAAAAAAAAAUUCUUUUAUUUUUUUUUACUUUUCGCGGAGGGUACACCUACAAAAAAAUAUGCAUGAGUAGCCACUAAUACCCACUACAUACACAUAUAAAAACAUUUGCAUAAAUCUUCGUGCGUCAUGUCAAAAAAAUAACAUUUCGAACAAGUAGUUACUAGCAUAUAUAAAUAAAGUACCAGUGCAGUGUUAAGAUAAGUUAGUAUGUAGGUAUACAAUCUCUUCGAAUAAACCUAUUUAUAAUGCAUCGACGAUGACAUGUCAACAUUGAUAACAUUUGACAAAUAAUAUUAUCUGCAUAUGUUUUUCCAUUGAAAUCAGCCUCUUGCCCAGUUUUUAGGCAUCUUUUCUUCCCAUCCAUAUUUUUUAAUGUUUUUUUCACAAGACUGACACUUAAUGUUAUCCAUUUUCCAACACAAAAUGCAAUGCAUGUGUCAAAUAUUAUCAAUGUUGACAAGUCAUCGUCGAUGCAUUAUAAAUAGGUUUAUUAGGAGAGAUUGUAUAUCUACCUACACACUAACUUAUCUUAACACUGCACUGGUACUUUAUUUAUAUAUGCUAGUAACUAUACUUGUUCGAUAAUGUUUUUUUGACAUGACGCACGAAGAUUUAUGCAAAUAUUUUUAUAUGUGUAUGUAGUGGGUAUUGGUGGCUCAUGCAUUUUUUUUGUAGGUGUACCCUCCGCGAAAAGGAAAAAAAAAAUUAAAAGAUUUUUUUUAUUUUUUAUAAUGAAGUAUAAGGACAUGAUGCAAGUUAAACAUAUGCAUUUUGUAGUCUAUUUUAUUAUAGUCAAAUAUAAUUUUGUUUGGUUCAUCUAACUUGAACAGUUUACAAAGUGUGACACUUUCAAUGAUACGCUGAUUAUUUUACAUUAUCCUGAAUAACUCGAAAACAAAAGAAGAUCGAGGACUGAUAUUAAGCGUAGAGUGUUCUUAGUUCCUGCCAGUACACCACCUGAAAGAAUGUCCAAAUCCGUCGUUGGGGGCACUUCUUGUUCGCUUAGCCUGCUAGACCCUUUAGAUCGCGACUUUAUUUAAUACUUGUUUACUUUGGGAUUGUCGUUAGACGCGAAUACGCGGCUUGAUUGUGAAAAAUUAUACUUUACAAAAGGGAGUAAAAUUCAGUGUCACAUUAAUAAGAUACAAUUGUUUAUUUGUAUGAACUUACUUUAUUAAAACGUUAUUUUAUCCCCAGCAUUUAGUUCUCCGACGAGUCUGUAGGUACUUUAGCAAAUACCCUUCAAACUUAUGGUACUUUUCAGUAAGACGCAUAUUUUUGACGGGCAUCCAUCGAGUAGGUUUAUGGUAAAACAUGUACAGUUGCAGUUUUGGCAGUCCAUUACACAUGAAUUAUAUAUUUUAAGAAAAUUAAAAGAUCCAGCUUUUGUUUUAUCUAAGAUUCAACCAUGUAAAAUAAAAAAUAAAAAAAAUUGUGAUCAAAAUCGCCUUGAACAGGUCGCGUCUUUUUUGCACGUUGUUUUAUCACUUCUUUUUUUAAUAUUACAUAGAAUAAUGCAAAACUGAGAAAUCAAAUUACGUUAAAUUAUAUUGUAAGUAAUUCAGUAUUAAAAAAAUUAAAUAAGCUUUCAACCCAUGUAUAUGAAUAAUAUAAUAAGGGUACUGUACCUAUAACUUUUUAUCAGUAAACAUCUUUGUGCCAGAACUUAUGACCCGACUAAGUAUUAAAUGGGUAUCAGUAGGUAACAACAACUUGGUCAUUGCGCUGGUAGUUCAUUAUUACUUUCUUGUAACUUGAAGUCAUUAAGGCUUAGAUGGUACGGUCACAUAAUGAGACGACAUGAUAGUUUCCCAGUUAAAUCCGUCCUAAAUAUCUCCAAUACCAAGCGGGAUAUGAAAAUCCAGAACCUAACCCCUAUGACAACCCCUAUGACCCCAGAUAAAACUGGGACUAAGGGGAGGGAGGAAUAUCAGUCGAUAGUCAGAUAUUUGUCUGAAACUUAUUUAGAUGUUUCAAUAAUACAUAGAAUUGAAGCAAACUCCACCCUUGAUAAAAAAAAUGCUCGAAUUGAUCCCUUACGAAAUACUUUUAUUUAAUCACGAUUGAUUAUAGGAAUUGACUGGAUACCUAUUUGUGGCAUAAGUAGUUAGCUGUGUGUGUUACCUGUAGUAGAAAAGUACAACUAUGUAUUUCCUUUGUGAAAGCUUCCAAAUAAUGUUGUAGUUAAAUCCAAUUUUAAGUAUCCUAUUAUAUUUAGUGACAUAAGUAGUCUUCUUUUCAAAGUCUUCCUGAAAGACCUCAUGUAUUAUUUGCAGUAAAGUAAAUUACAAUGUACCUACGAGUAUGUUAGCAUUCCGUGCUUAAUAUCUACUAUUUAAGGAUUUGGAUGUAUUCGGGUAAUUACGAAAAGUUUAUAAUGUCGGGUAAUUCCAAAAAUGGAUUAUUCCAUAAUGGAAUUAUGGAUGAUUUUCAGAAUAAGCUGACAUUCUGAAGUAGGUAUAUAGUCGGAAUUACCCAUAUACACCUGAUAUGUUUUUGUACGAUAUGAGGUAAUGUUUCCGAAAUGACCACCAAUUGAUCAGAAAACAACAUGAGAGAUAUUAUUUAUUAUAUAGUAUGUAAAGAAACAUAUCAUAUUUAUAUGUAGUAUCAUAAGUGUCAAUUAAGGAAUUAAUUGUAUAGCGACGUAAUCGUAUGUUGUGAUUUUUAUGAGUUAUCAUUUCUUAUAUGCAAUAAAACUAUAUGAUUUGUUAAA